AAUGAUAAAAUAAAAAGAUAGAAUCUUCCUUGUUCAGGGAUUCAAUUGCUAAAUAAAGUGAUAUAAUAAUUGUGGAUAGAUUUGAUAUGAUAAGAUACAAGGACCAAAGAUGAGACAGGAAUGGGAUGAAAGAGAGUAAACAAGUUAACCUAACAUGGCUUUAUCUUUCAAUAACAGAAGUAUUUUACACGUGAGCAUCGAAUAUGAACGCUGAUGCCUUGAUGAAUGGGCAGUUUAUCUUGUCCUCACAAAAUGUAUUGAAAUCCUCUCUUUUGUCCCAAGAGAUUUAAAAUCUUUUCCAGAGCAAACCGAAAAACAACUGAAGCUUGAGAUUCGGGAGGCUUAGCAUAGACACAGCUCAUAACUCACAACGAACCAACCAUGGCGUCUCCGGCUUCUCUUCAACGCGCAGGAAACUCCUUUAUACUAUCUUCUCCCUUCAAUUCUAAAAUUAAUCACCCGUUCUCGUCUCACUCCCUCACUCUCAAAUUCCCACCUACGCCAAAACGUUUAUGUGCCUAUGCAAACCGUAACUCCAAGGUCUAUCGUCGGCCCAGCGUCAAUACUCAGCGUGAUAAACAGAGGAACAAGACCAACAAUAUUCAAAUUGGGAACGACCUGUUACCUGGAAAUACAGGAAGAGAGAAUCUUGAUGUUGAUUUGAUGAAUCUGUGCAAGGAGGGUAAGUUUAAAGAAGCAAUUGAGUAUAUGGGUCGUGGUGCCUUUGCUGGUUAUGAUGUGUUCAGUGAGUUGUUGGAUUCAUGUGGGAAUUUGAGUUCGCUUGAAAUGGGAAGAACGGUUCAUGAUUUAUUAAGAAAGUCACCGUUUAGUAAUGAUACUGCAUUGAACAAUAAAUUGAUUGGAAUGUAUGGGAAAUGUAAUAAUAUCAGAGGUGCACGCAAGGUGUUUGAUCAAAUGCCUGAGAAAAAUUUGAGUUCGUGGCAUUUGAUGAUUAAUGCAUACACUGUUGAUGGAAAAGGUGACGAUGGGUUGUUGUUGUUUGACCAAAUGAGAAAAUUGAACUUUUUACCCAAUCAGGAGACUUUUGUGCUGGUCUUGGCGGCUUGUGCUAAUGCAGGGGAUGUCAAAGCAGUGUUUAUGUAUUUUGAGUUGAUGCAGAGUGAAUAUGGUAUUGUACCAGAAAUUGAGCAUUAUUUAGGAGUUAUUGAUGUUCUAGGGAGAGCUGGUCAUUUGAAUGAAGCUGAGGAAUUCAUUGAAAAAAUGCUGUUUGAGCCUACAGCAGAAGUAUGGGAGACUCUUAGAGAUUUUGCUAGAAUUCAUGGAGAUGUUGAACUUGAAGAUCAUGCGGAGGAGUUAUUGAUUGAUCUUGAUCCUUCCAAGGCCACUGUUAACAAGAUCUCAUUGCCUCCAAGGAAGAAGCAAUUUGCAACUAAUAUGCUUGCGGAGAAGGAUAGAGUGAGUGAAUAUCGGUGUACAGAGCUCUAUAAAGGAGAGGGAUAUCAGAAUGUGAAAGGCUUGAAUGGACAGAUGAGAGAAGCGGGUUAUGUGCCGGACACAAGAUAUGUGCUACACGACAUUGAUGAAGAGGCAAAAGAGAAGGCCUUGCAAUACCAUAGUGAGCGUUUGGCCAUUGCUUAUGGUUUGAUCAGUACUCCGGCUAGGAUGCCUCUUAGGAUAAUGAAGAACCUUAGAAUUUGCGGCGACUGCCACAAUGCAAUAAAGAUCAUGUCCAAGAUUGUUGGAAGAGAGCUAAUUGUUAGGGAUAACAAGCGGUUUCAUCAUUUCAGGGAUGGCAAAUGCUCCUGCAGGGAUUACUGGUAAGGCUGUUGAAACCAUACUCAACCCAUGUGCUAGACUAGCUUCCUAUAUGAUAUUAGUCUUCUUUGGAGUGUACAUUUCUGAGUGAAGGAAAACUAGACCAUAUUUUGAUGCUGUACAUUAUGCUUGUACUUAAGAUUCGUUUUAAUAGAAAUCAGAUGGAAUGACAAACCUAGUUUGUGUUUUGCGAUGUAUGC